AUGAAAACGGUAAAAAAAAAAAGUAGAGCACUAGUGCUGAGCUCAUUUCUAUAGAGACAAACACAGCCUAAGAUCAAAUUCUGGAGUUCGAGCAAAGCAUCUAGCAGUCGCAACUCGUAACGCAAACUCAUAUAAAUAUAUAUUGAAUGCUAAGAGCGAGACUGCAAUUGAGCGCCAUGUCGCGCGCUGCGAUGAUAUCGUCGUCAGCUUCGUCCUCUGUAGCCAUGAGAAACCCUAGCUUGUCCUUCUCUUCGUCCCCGAGACUCUUCAAUGGAGUGGCUGUCGGGAACCGUGUUUCGUUCUCCGUUCGCUUUAGUCACACUUCGUUGCGAUGCUACGCUUCGCCCCCCGGCUUCGAUAAAAUUCGGAUUCAGAAUCCUAUUGUUGAAAUGGACGGUGAUGAAAUGACGAGGAUCAUAUGGAAAACGAUUAAAGAUAAACUUAUCUUUCCCUAUCUGGAUUUGGAUAUAAAGUAUUAUGAUUUAGGGAUUUUGAACCGUGAUGCUACUGAUGACCGAGUUACAGUGGAGAGUGCCGAAGCCGCUCUUAAGUACAAUGUUGCCGUGAAAUGUGCUACAAUAACUCCUGAUGAGACCAGAGUGAAGGAGUUUGGGCUGAAAUCAAUGUGGAGGAGUCCCAAUGGCACAAUUAGAAACAUUCUAAACGGUACUGUUUUCCGUGAACCUAUCCUAUGCAGAAACAUCCCUAGAAUAGUUCCUGGUUGGAAAAAACCCAUAUGUAUUGGUAGGCAUGCCUUUGGUGAUCAAUAUCGAGCCACUGAUACAGUUAUUAAAGGGCCGGGAAAGCUUAAAAUGGUUUUUGUCCCAGAAGGAGGGGAUGCCCCUGUGGAACUUGAUGUUUAUGAUUUCAAAGGGCCUGGUGUGGCCCUUUCUAUGUAUAACGUUGAUGAGUCUAUUCGAGCUUUUGCUGACUCGUCAAUGUCGUUCGCAUUUUCCAAGAAGUGGCCACUAUACUUGAGCACCAAAAACACAAUUCUUAAGAAAUAUGAUGGCAGGUUUAAGGACAUAUUUGAGGAGGUUUAUGACGAGAAGUGGAAGCAGAAGUUUGAAGAAAACUCUAUAUGGUAUGAACAUCGGCUAAUAGAUGAUAUGGUGGCUUAUGCACUCAAAAGUGAGGGUGGUUAUGUUUGGGCUUGCAAAAAUUAUGAUGGAGAUGUCCAGAGUGAUUUGCUUGCUCAAGGAUUUGGCUCUUUGGGCCUCAUGGCUUCUGUGUUGUUCUCCUCAGAUGGGAAGACAAUAGAAGCUGAAGCAGCUCAUGGGACAGUAACUCGUCAUUUUCGGUUACAUCAAAAUGGACAAGAAACCAGUACAAACAGCAUUGCUUCAAUAUUUGCAUGGACACGAGGCUUAGAGCACAGGGCCAAAUUAGAUAAAAAUGAUAGGUUGCUGGAUUUUGUUCGAAAGUUGGAGGCUGCAUGCAUUGGGACAGUGGAGGCAGGAAAAAUGACCAAGGAUCUUGCCAUUUUGACCCAUGGUUCCAAGGUAUCGAGGGAGUUCUAUUUGAACACCGAAGAAUUUAUUGACGCUGUUGCAAAUAAUGUUGAGCAAAAGCUUCUGGAACCUGCUGUGGUUUAACUAUAUCGAUGCUAAUCUAUAAGAUGGUCAUGUUGGAAAAGUUUUUCAGUGGGAAUUUGUGUAUCUGUUUUUAUUUUAAAAAAUUAGCGAUUCAGUUAGAGAUCGGGGGUUUUUCCCUGGAGGUAAAAACUAGAAUUAUAAAUCCUUCUAUAAAUGUAGCCAUUGUCAAGGCCAAUAAGCACAUUUACUUUUUCACCACCAAUUUUCAUUCGUUCAAUCUUGUGUUUAUAUAUUUCAAUUAAA